AGUAACGUCGGGUCGGGUCAGCAGGCGCUGCAGUAGUCGCCGCAGCGGCGAUGGGAGCGGUGGGGACGAGGCGGCGGCGGCGGCGGCAGAAGGAGAAGCAGGGGCUGGCGCAAGAGCAGCGGCGGGGGGUGGCCAGCAGCAGCCGUACCAGCAGCAGCCGUCGCCGCCGCCGCCAGUAAACGCGGACGGUACCCGAGGGGACUACCCGGCCGGCCGGCCUCGAAGCCGCGCUCGGGUCCCGCCGCAGUCGGCGGCGGGGGAUGGGCAGGCGGCGGCGGUCCCUCCUGCGGAGGGUUGACCCCUGUUGGUCCCGAUCCUGAGCUGGUGCCAGCCCUCCGCCCGAAAUCCCUGCGUCCGCCACGGCCCAGGUUAAAUGGAAACCACCCUUAGGAGCUGGAUGCCUGUGUAGCCUUUCUAUCAUAUCAGUGAAUUGCAAUGAGUGGAGGAGGAGAGCAACCGGAUAUCCUCAGUGUUGGUAUUCUGGUCAAAGAAAGAUGGAAAGUGUUGAGGAAGAUUGGGGGUGGGGGCUUUGGAGAAAUUUACGAUGCCUUGGACAUGCUUACCAGGGAAAAUGUUGCUCUGAAGGUGGAAUCAGCUCAACAACCAAAACAAGUUCUGAAAAUGGAGGUUGCUGUAUUGAAAAAACUACAAGGGAAAGAUCAUGUUUGUAGAUUUAUUGGCUGUGGGAGGAACGAUCGCUUCAACUAUGUGGUCAUGCAGUUGCAGGGUCGGAAUCUGGCAGAUCUACGCCGUAGCCAGUCCCGGGGCACAUUCACUAUUAGCACUACUCUUCGGCUGGGUAGACAGAUUCUGGAGUCUAUUGAGAGCAUUCAUUCUGUGGGAUUCUUGCACCGAGACAUCAAACCGUCGAACUUCGCCAUGGGUCGCUUUCCUAGUACAUGUAGGAAAUGUUUCAUGCUUGAUUUUGGCUUGGCACGACAAUUUACCAAUUCCUGUGGUGACGUCAGACCACCUCGAGCUGUGGCAGGUUUUAGAGGGACAGUUCGUUAUGCGUCAAUCAAUGCUCAUCGGAACAGAGAAAUGGGAAGACAUGAUGACCUUUGGUCCUUAUUCUACAUGUUGGUGGAGUUUGUGGUUGGUCAACUGCCGUGGAGAAAAAUAAAGGACAAGGAGCAAGUAGGCUCUAUUAAGGAGAGAUAUGACCACAGGCUUAUGUUGAAACAUCUCCCUCCAGAAUUUAGCAUCUUCCUGGACCACAUCUCGUCUUUGGAUUAUUUUACAAAACCAGACUACCAGCUUCUUACAUCCGUGUUUGACAACAGCAUCAAAACCUUUGGAGUAACUGAGAGUGACCCGUUUGACUGGGAGAAGACCGGAACUGAUGGCUCCCUAACAACCACCACUACUUCUACCACCCCUCAGUUGCACACCCGCUUGACCCCUGCGGCAAUCGGAAUUGCCAAUGCCACUCCCAUCCCAGGGGACUUGCUUCGAGAAAAUACAGAUGAAGUGUUUCCAGAUGAACAGCUUAGUGAUGGGGAGAAUGGAAUUCCUGUUGGUAUGUCACCAGAUAAAUUGCCUGGAUCUCUGGGACACCCUCGUCCCCAGGAGAAGGAUGUCUGGGAAGAGAUGGAUGCCAACAGGAACAAGAUAAAGCUUGGAAUUUGUAAGGCUGCUACUGAAGAGGAGAAUAGCCAUGGUCAAGCAAAUGGUAUUCUAAAUGCUCCAAGCCUUGGUUCACCGAUUCGUGUCCGCUCAGAGAUUACUCAGCCAGACAGAGAUGUCCCGUUGAUGCGAAAGUUACGUUCUAUCCACAGUUUUGAGUUGGAAAAACGUCUGACACUGGAGCCAAAGCCAGACACUGACAAGUUUCUUGAGACCUGCCUGGAGAAAAUGCAGAAAGAUCCCAGUGCGGGAAAGGAAUCUGUUCUUCCUGCUCUGCUUCAUAAGCCUUGUGUUCCUGCUGGGGCGCGUACUGACCACAUCUGGAACUAUGAUGAAGAAUAUCUUCCAGAUGCUUCUAAGCCUGCCUCUGCCAACACCCCUGAACAGGCAGAUGGCGGUGGCAGCAAUGGAUUUAUAGCUGUUAACUUGAGUUCUUGCAAACAGGAAGUUGAUUCCAAAGAAUGGGUGAUUGUGGACAAGGAGCAGGACCUUCGGGAUUUUAGGACAAAUGAGGCUUUAGGCCAUAAAACAGUGGGGAGCCCUUCUGAUGAGGAGCCUGAAGUACUUCAAGUCCUAGAAGAGCCACCUCAAGAUGAAAAGCUCCAACUGAACCCUUGGGUAGAAAAUGUUCAUUUAAAGGAGGAAAACUCAGGUGUGAUCUUAGCACUUUCUGGGGAGUGCCCUGCCACUGCUGCUUUAGAUCAAUAUACAGAUAGAUUAGAACUCCAGGCUGGAGCUGCUAGUCAAUUUAUGGCAGCAACACCCACAAGUCUAAUGGAGGCACAAGCGGAAGGACCCCUUACAGCGAUUACAAUUCCUCGACCUUCUGUAGCAUCUACACAGUCAACGUCAGGAAGCUUUCACUAUGGUCAGCAACCAGAGAAGAAAGACCUUCAGCCCAUGGAGCCCACUGUGGAACUUUAUUCUCCGAGGGAGAACUUCUCUGGCUUAGUUGUGACAGAGGGAGAACCUCCUAGUGGAGGAAGCCGGACAGACUUGGGUCUUCAGAUAGAUCAUAUUGGUCAUGACAUGUUACCCAAUAUUAGAGAGUAUGACAAAGCCCAAGACCUGGUACCAAAAGACCUUCCUGACCAUAAUAGAUCGGCUGUGAGAGAAUUUGAGAGUCUCCCUAGGGAAAUUGAAGAGAAAAGCAUUCUUCUAGGGUCAGAUAAUGAAGAUGAGAAGUUAAGGAAAGGGCAGCAUUAUAUGGAGAUCUCCUCUCUCCCAGGAGACUUGGUAACUGUGGAAAGGGAUCAGUCAGCUACUACUGAACCUCUUGAUAUGACAAAGACACAGACUUUUAGCGUGGUGCCAAAUCAAGACAAAAAUCAUGAGAUAAUGAAGCUUCUGGCAGUUGGAACUUCAGAAAUUUCUCCACAAGUCAUUGACCCACAUGUUGAAGGGCAGAUUGUCCAGGUGGCAACAGUGCAAAAAAGUAAGAUAUCUAAAGAUGAUGACAUCAAGAGUGAAGACUUGCUGGGUCAUCAAGACCUCUCUACUUUUUUGCACCUAGAGGAUAAGAAAGAAAAAAUUGCCCCUAGAAAUAGAGAACUAUUUCAUUGUGUUGCAGAGAGUGAACAUUGUCCUCCAUCCCGGAAAGAUGUGGUUAGGUCAUCCUUCGUAACGAGACAUAGCCGAAUCCCUGUUUUAGCACAGGAGAUAGACUCAGCUUUUGAAUCAUCCUCUUCAGUCUCUGCAAAAGAAAAGCUCCUCCAAAAGAAAGCUUAUCAGCCAGACCUAGUCAAGCUUCUGGUGGAAAAAAGACAACUCAAGUCUUUCCUUGGGGACCUCACAAGUGCCUCUGAUAAAUUGUUGGAGGAGAGACUAGCCACAGUUCCUGCUCCAUUUUCUGAAGAGGAAGUUUUCACUCCCUUUUCAAGAUUGGCUAUAGACUCCCCCCUGAGCAGAUCAGCUGAAGAUAGCUUUUUGUCACCCAUCAUCUCCCAGUCCAGAAAGAGCAAAAUUCCAAGGCCAGUGUCAUGGGUCAACACAGAUCAAGUCAAUAGCUCAGCUUCAUCUCAGUUCUUGCCUCGGCCACCACCAGGAAAGCCACCAAUGAGGCCCGGAGUAGAAGCCAGACUCCGCAGAUACAAAGUCCUAGGGAGUAGCAAUUCCGACUCAGACCUUUUCUCCCGCCUGGCCCAAAUUCUUCAAAAUGGAUCUCAGAAACCCCGGAGCACUACUCAGUGCAAGAGUCCAGGAUCCUCUCACAAUCCAAAAACACCACCCAAGAGCCCAGUUGUCCCUCGCAGGAGUCCCAGUGCCUCUCCUCGAAGCUCUUCUUUGCCUCGAACGUCUAGUUCCUCACCAUCUAGGGCUGGACGGCCCCACCAUGACCAGAGGAGUUCAUCCCCGCAUCUGGGGAGAAGCAAGUCACCUCCCAGCCACUCAGGAUCUUCUUCCUCCAGGAGGUCCUGCCAACAGGAGCAUUGCAAACCCAGCAAGAAUGGCCUGAAGGGAUCCAGCAGCCUCCACCACCACUCGGCCAGCACUAAAUCUCCCCCAGGGAAGAGUAAGUCAGCCAGUAAACUCAGCAGAUAGGAGCGAGGCUGCAUCUCUCUGAAAGGUGUGAAGAUCUUCCUCCUAAAUCUGAUGCAUGUUUGUCCUUGUACUGUCUAUUUAAAAAAAUCUGUGUUGAUUUUAUCUUGCAAAAGAAAGUAACAUGAUAAAUUAUUUAUAAGGAGACAAUUAUAUGAUAAGGAAUUAGCCUAAGGCAGGCAGCAAGCAGAUCAGGAUACAAUGCCUUUGCAUAGGAAGAAGCAAUCUAGCAAAUCCAAAAGGGAGAAACUGCUUAAAUGAACUCUCGUUACUUAGCUCUGAAACAAAAGAGCCAAAGGUGGGAGGUGGAAUGGAAUUGAAAGGGUUCGGCCUACUUACUCUUAACACUCUACUCAAACGUAUAGUAAAGGUGAAACUUCCUGUUUUGAUACUUUCAUUCAAAACCUUCCCAACCUUGGAGAGUCAGAAUUGCUCCAGUAUUUAAGUAUUUAAGAAGUCUGUUGCUGCGGAGCCAAUGCAAUAAACAUGUAUUCGGCGUGUAUGUUUAUCUAUAUUGAGAGUUCACACCUUCAUGUUGCCUCAUUCCUAGUACCCUCCCCGGAUUUCACAGUUUUCAGUAAGUGUUUCUCACCUGAUCCAGCCUUUCUUCUUUUAUUUUAACAGUACAUUCUAAUAUGCUUUUAGCGGUACGUAUUGAGAAUUUCAAAUACAAUAACUAUUUUUUAGUCCCCUAAUAUAUUUCUUUGGAGCACUAUAUUCUCAGUAUAUUUUUAUUGUGACAAAUAACUGUUAAAACUUAGGUAAUGGAAGGAAAAGUCUAAAUAGAGCUAGCUUGCUGGCUUUAGUACUUUAGGUAGAGAGGGGCAGCGUCGGGGGUUAAUACCCUUCAAGAUAAAAGAGCGCUCUCCACCCUGCGCCCCCCCAUCCCGUUAGUUUCCUUUUUGUGGAAGGAAAACUAAUCAGAGUAGAUCUUGCUUCCUCAAUUCUUUUAAGUUCCAUUUCUAAUAUCAACCUCCAAGGGUAUACGAAGGAAGUACAAUGCUGUGGAAUAUGACUCUAUGCUUUUAGAGAUUUAAAAAGAAAUUAGAUAUGUUGUUGAGAUUUAUAAUCCUCAAACUUUGUAUUGUAUACAUUUAGCCAAUAAGGAAUGAGUAUCUGGGGAAAUAAAUUUAGGUUCAGUAUUUAUCUUUUAAAGUUUUAUUACCUGCUUUUCCUGUGCUUUAGUUUGAACAUUCGGGUUUCUUGACCUGAUUUCCAUGUAAUCUCAAUUUAUAAAUCUAUAAAGAGGAUUAUAUUGGUUCUAAUCUCACUCCUCUGCUAACAGGAAUCAGGUAAAAUUAAAUCAUAGUAGACUCUGAAAAUGGGCUCUUUUUAUACUCUGGUGUUUUUUGUGUUGUAAAGACCUUAUUAAGGUCAGGUAAAUUGGUCUGCUUGCUGUUGAAAUUUGCCUUCUAGCAAACAUCUGUGCUUUCUCUUUGACCUUGUGUUUGCUGCCAAACCUAAUAUGAAUUGGAAAAAAUAUAUAUUUUCUCACCAAGUGAACAUACUCUAAUGCUGCAUCAAAGUUGCCCUGAAGCUGCACUGAACUUACCUUGUUCUCUUUAUCUGUGUUAAGCUUUUUCUUAAAAAAACAAAAACAAAAACAAACAAAACUCAAAACACUAUUGAGGCAUAUUUGGUCUCCCAUAAGAAAUGUAGCAAAGUGUGGAAUCAAUUUCUCUCUGGUUUCAAGCACUACAGAGGAAUGCAACAGAUAAGAUGUAUUUGCUGUUUAGCUAAAGCAACUGUAAUAUUGGAAGACCAAUCCUUCUGUAUUAUAUUGUAUAAUAGUUGCUGUAACACUACUUGCAUGUCUUCAUGGUAAAUUAUAUAAAUAUUUAUAAAUAUAUAGAGAAACAUAUGCUUAUAUAAACUUAUUCUUUCUCAUUCUCCAUUUGUAAUUUCAAGGUCACAUAUGGUGAGAUUUUAUUGUGUGCCUCGCGUACACUUAGGCCUUGCCCAUCUUCAUUUUCUGAAAAUACGCUCUUGGCAUGUGACACUUAAGAUUCCUCUUGCCUUCCUUGGGUAUAAUGCGAGGGUUGGCAGUCUUUAACAAGCCAGGAUAGGUUAUUUAAUUUUCAUUUUUAAAAGAUUUUAAUAGGGGAAAAAUGACUGGGAUGUGCUUGUAAUACUGGUUAAAAGAUUUGUCAUGUUAAUCAUAUAAUGCUGUCCUUAUGGUUAGAGUGGAUAAACUGAGAUGAUAAUCAUGAUCUGACAUAAAUUGAUUUAAAAAAAAAAACAACUCUUAAAAUUGCCAUUCUUCUCUUUUAACCUCACUUUUUGAGGCGUGGUGAGAGAGUAAUCAACAAUUAAGAAAUUAUCUUUUUUUCUGUUGUAUUAGCUAAAUUGUGCUAAAAGUAGCCAGCUUUAAAUCCUGAUCCCGUGAGUCAUAAAUGUGUUCAUGGUAACCAUUGGAAAAGCUGAUGAGGCUGCAGUUGUGCUGUGUGUGUUAUAUCUUAUUGGCAUUUCUCUGCUAGCAGUCAGAACUAACAGUGAUGGCAACCUGGCAACUUAAUGUUUUUUCUCUUUAUUAAUUCCUUUCAUUUUUCUCCCAAUUUUUCCACUGUGUUGCUCCGUUUUUAAAUGGUACCGACAAACUCUAAAUCCAGAAACAGCCUUGUUGUAUAAGAAUAUUUUAUUUUGCAUGUAGAGAAAAGAGUUAACCAAAGAUUUUUCUGCUUGAUACUUUCAAAAGAACACAGACUAAUUAUAUCUUAUGUAUCAAUAGGUCCACUUAAAGAACUACUAACCUAUACAGGGUGGUACAAAAGUAGGUUUCCAGUUGUUCAUAUGGAAGAUAAUAAUACAAGAAUAAACUCUGUAAACCUACUUUUGCCCCCACCCUCUAUAAAGAUUUAUUUUAUGGUUUUUAAAUGCAGUUUGUACUUUUAGAUGUUAUAUGUCUCAGGCUAAAAAGAGAAGUUCACAGCCCUAAGUAAAGCACUUUUGGCACAAGGAUUUUUGGUUUUGUUUUAUUUUAAAAUAUGAUACAGAGAACGAGUUAUGUUGUUUUUAGUUCGUUCCCCUUUUUUUUUUUUAAGUGAUGAUAUAUUUCAGAUUUCAGUGACAGACAUAGGUCAUCCCAUUUUACACCAGUUUGGUUGUUCUACCUAAGACGAGGGACAUGGCUGUUCAUUAAAGUCAAGCCAAACUAUACUGAAAGUAUUAGGGGGUAGAAGUUAAAAUUAUCUUUUGAAAAACAAGGGCCUCAUCAUUUCUCCUUUUGUAACAAAAUAGCUGGUUACCUAGUCACACAUGCCCCUCCUUUGCCUGUCUAAUCUCUGGAAUUACUUGGGUGGAACAGAAAAUGGAAUCGGCAACAGUGUAGUCCCUUUAGGGUAGCAUUCUUUCUCAAUUAUGCUGCCAAAUCUCCAGGGUAUACAGAUGGGUUAAAAGAUUUUAAAAAUUCUACAUAGUAAUCUUUUGCACAGCUUUUAACUUUUAACAUAUAGUGAACAAAAAAGGAAAAUUGGGUCAUAUCAAAUUUAACUUUAAAGCACAUUUUAUAAACAUCUUUAAAUGGUAAGUCUUAAGCAGGCACUGUCAUUCUUGGUAUGCAAGCUGGCCUUGCUGACAGUGGCAUAGCUACAUUUACUGUUUUUUAAGUUGCAUGUUGUAAAGUAAAAGAUGCCAAGUCCUAAAAAAGUAGGAAAAUGGUAAUUGAGACCCACUGUUAUUAUCCACUUUAUAUUUUCUUUGCUUUAAAAAUACUAAACAAAUUUCGGCUGCUUACUAAUACAGUGGACUAGUUGUACAGUGUCUCUUUCUGUUCAGCUCCUCCUAGCCACUAUGGGAACUUCAGGUUCUUUGGUAAUCAUCAGAGAUUCCUUCCAAGCCACAGAUUUUUAUGCGAAUGUUUCUAUGGAUAUAUUCAACAUAUAAGGAAAAAGUGUACAUUGGUGCAUGUUUUAUAAAUCCAAACACAGAUAGUUAAAACAAUAAUUAGUUUGUCUGUACCCAAUAGCUUUGAAUUAAAAUCAGAUGCCUUUUCUCCAAGAGCAGAGGAUUCUUUGUUUUAGGAACUACAUCCUAACAUAAGGAACUGGUGGUAGGAGAAACAAGAUCCAGAAAUCAGAAUUUAGGGGGGAAAAUGCAUUUAACUCUGGCUAUUUGAAAAUAUAUUUAUUUGUAAAUAAGUCUAGAUUUAGUCUUGGAAAUCAAAGUUUUCACAUUUUAAAACUUUCUUCAUACCUUUACAUCAAUCAAAAUGUGGCAUAUGUUAGGGGACCAUUUCUCCUGUCAUUCUCGUGUAUUUUGGAAUUAGGUUGUUUAUAUCCAAACAUCUGCCCUUUUCUGCUUCUGUGCAUUUACCACAGAUGUGUUGGAGUUUUACCUAAAAGGAGACAGAUUUUAGCACCUGUAAUACUGAGGCGAUAGAAUGAUUGACCAUUGUUUAACUUUCUUGAGUUUGAUUGUAGACAAUUUAUUUGCAGUUACUUAUCUGUGUUUUAAUACAAAAAGUCUUAUAGGAUUAAGGCAUGGAACCACUAUGGUAGUCCUCGCAUGUCAAUAUUUACCCAAGUGCAGAAACCAUAGGUGCAUACUUAAACUGUAACUUAGAGAAGGGGUUAAGAUGGUUCUAGUUCUCAGACUAUAUGGAGGGAUGUAAUACAUUGCAAACCUCAGGUGGUUGUAAGGUCACCCUGCUUCCCUGUCUCAUCCAGCAGAACUCUGGUUUGGACCUCAAGGAUGUUGGAGUAGAGCAUUUAAUGGAGAUCUUGCUCCCCAGCAAUUGUCCUCAAUUUUGGCUCAAAUAAACUGAAAAAAUUGGGGGAGGGGGGGAGGAUGUAGGACCAGUGUGGAAACAUCGAAUCAUUGGAUAUUCUUAGUAGUUUGGCUGUCCCUCUAGAAUUAUGAGAAAUUUAACCCAGAUAGCCUUGAGAGCCUGAGGAAUCUUGCCAACAUUGCUAGAGAGAACUACAGUAGGUGUAUGCGGAAUUCCUUUAGUUCUUAGGUAACUCCAGAACGUGGGAUAAGGAUCCCCAAUCUUGUAAAAAGGAACUUGAAUGCUGCAUACCUCAAUCCCUAAAUUUCCCUGGCAGGACAUGAAAUGAGGACAUUAAAGUCUUGACCCAUGGAUACAUUUUCUAAUUCAGUUGUAAUUAUCAGCUCUGACUUUUUAAUUAUUCCCCUUAAGCAAAUCUGGAUCAGAAAAUUAAAGUAUACGACACAACCAAGAUCACCUUUAGGUUAUACACAGUCUCAACACACUGAACAGCCAAGGAUUACCAUUUACUCAGUAAUGAUUUGAGUAUUUCCUUAGCUUUCCUGGAUCCUUGAUCUUAAAAGAAGUGAAGCCGUUUCCUUCAUUGCCAUAUGAAACUUUAACUGGGUGUGCCUCUAUAAUUGGAAGUGACAGUUAUGGGAAUAGUGUAUAUCCCUGGUGAUGCUGAUGUCUCAGAUAACCUGGGCUAGGGGUUCUGGAUUCCUGGACCUAGGGAAUAAGAUACAGUGAGGCAGACUUUGAGCCCAUGUGACUAAAAUUGCCGAUGACAGUUUUACACACUAAUAAUGGAUAGGAAUUUUAUUUCUUUUCAGUUUAGUAUUUCAUAUUGUGUAGUGUUCACUCACCUAGUAAAAAACAUUGAGUAAACCAUGUUUUUGUAUAAACUACCCUUGCCAUGUGAUACUUUCCUCCUAUAACAUACAGUUUAAAUCCCUAAAGUUCCAUGUGCAGCACUUCAGCAUCCCUGGAAUCUGUCUGGGUGGUCUUCAUUCACCCACAAGGCUACCAGAGCUUGAAUGUGAUUUAUUUUAGGGAGCACCCCAGGGAGGAGGAUGUCUUUGGGACUUUUUCAAAACUAUUUUACUUUUAUACUAUUCACCAGAUAGGUAAAUCAGUUCAUUAAGACUAAAAAAAAAUCAGAAAUACAGAUAGGAAGGUAACGGAAAGAUAACAGUGUGCUGCUUGGGGCUCUGAAAUUGGUUUGGGUGAACCAAACAAAGAGAACAGAUCUGAUGACCCUGACUUGAGCCUCCUCAUCUCUCCCUCAUACACAGCCCCUGGUCUUCUUCCUGACUCCUUUCCUAAAAUAACCAGUGCUGAUUUAAUUAGGCCAUUUACUUACACAUUUACAACUUUGAGGGGGGAAAAAGAGGAAGGGGAAGAUACCUAGUUUUGCAUUAGAUAUAAACCUUGGAAGUUACGAACUACUGGCAGCUGUUAAAUCAAAGUGAAUCACAAACCAAAACUCUCUUGUUGAGCAAGACCAGUAAGUUAGCAUAGAGGACUUUAAUAAUUCAAGUUUUCUCCCUUUCCCUCUUUAUGAAAUCAGAGUGUUGAGAAAUUGCUCUUGGAAAUGCCUCGGAAGGUAUUGUGUCCCUUUCCCCUCCAAGCAGCCCUCUUUAUGCAUUUUUGCUCAGGCAACCAAGGACAUAGAGUAUUGGAAGAAACAUGGAGUGCUUUUGUAUAGGUCAUCUGUACAUAAAAGUGUAAUUAUUUAUUUAAUUUUACCAUUUGUAUCAUAUUAAAGCUUUGUACAGUGUUUUAAGUUCUGUUUUAAAAUUAUUUUGUAUUUUAUUUUUAUAAUCUAGUAAUAAAAUAUUCAU